GGUUCUGGAGAGCCCAUACCGAUGCUCCUGUCUCAGCGCUGCCAUUUCUACAACUGAAGCCUAUUGGCGACAUUCUGCCGGAGACGUCACCGGGGAGACGACGUGUGGGCGGGGCCAGCCGGAGCACGCACGCCUGGCACAGUGAAAUGGAGACAGAGCCAUGUUGUGAGGAGCAUAAGGACCCUGCAGUGGAGCCUGCAGAACCUGAGGUAAAAGAGGCCGAUUCUGAGCUCGCUGACGGGGACCGUCUCAAUGAGCUGUCCCGUGGGCCUGCAGAGGAAGGUGAGGAGCUGUUUGGGAACCAGCGGGCUGAAAUGGAGAGCGGGGCAGGGACGAGUGAAAACACUGAGAUAAAAAGCUCCUCUGAUCCUGAGAAACCGAGUGAAGGGACAGAAUGCAAGGAGCGGAGGAAACUGAGAAAAACAAACAGCUGGAAGAUGGUACGCUUCCAAGACCCAUCGGAGGACGACGAUGCCGGGGAGAGGGACAGCUCAGCGGAGAGUCUCUUUCCAGAUUACGCAAUGGAGGAGUGGACCUCUGCAACCUUUGAGGAGCUGUUCAUGGCAGAAGAUUGGAAGGACAUCACAGAGGACCGGCUGUUGAGGAAGAAGGUGUUGGAGCGUGGGACCCUGCAGGCCCCGCAUCCCACCUGGGGCCAGGAGGUGGCUGUGAAGAUGCAGUGCGUCCUGGAGGACCGCACGGUGGUGGAGAAGGACUGCAAGCUCGUCUUUGUUAUCGGAGAGGGAGAUGUAAACCAGGCCCUGGAGGAGUGUGUCAUGUCCAUGCAGAAGGGCGAGAUCACAUUACUGCUGGCAGAUUCACAGUACGCCUAUGGACUUCUGGGAAGAGAGCCCGAUAUUCCAGCCUGGGCUCCUUUACUCUACCAGCUGCAGCUGCUGGACAUCAGAGAGAAACCAGACCCGCUAACUCUGCCCAUCGCAGACCGCAUUCGCAUCGGCAACCAGAAACGAGAGCGAGGAAACUUCCAUUUCCAGAGGGAGGAAUACAGUAUGGCUGCCAGAGCCUAUUGUAUAGCUCUGGAUGUGCUAAUCACACGCAGCAGAG